UGCCCUGGCCAAGAACGGACGACUUGACGAGGGAUCUGAACGGAGGACGGAGAGUUGCCGCCGCGACCAGCGAGCGUCUGACAUCACUGAACAGCUUCGCUUUCGGAAACUUUAUCUCUUUCGUUCUGUCAGAAGAACAUGCUUUGGAAGAGCAGAACAAUUUACCAUCCUCCCUACAUCUUGUCAUUGUUCCUUUGUUCUGGGAGAACGACAUGAAUUUUGCGGCAUCACUAUUAAGAAGAUUGAAUGUUAAGGAACUUGUUACAAAAGCUCCUGUAUGCAAAAUUGCUAGUGAUGUUUCUGGAGAAGGAUUGAGCCGAGUGUUUAGACGUUGGGCUACCAAAAAAACGGCAGGAUCGACAAAGAAUGGACAGGACUCCAAGCCCAAGAAUCUCGGAGCAAAGAAAUUUGGUGGGGAGAGAGUGAUACCUGGAAACAUCAUUGUUCGGCAGCGUGGAACACGAUUUCAUCCAGGAAACUAUGUUGGGAUAGGGAAAGAUCAUACCCUCUUUGCUUUGAAAGAAGGGUGGGUGACGUUUGAACGAAACAAACUGACUGGUCGCAAGUUGGUGCAUGUUGAGCCGAAGGAAGGUCAUGUUCUUCAUCCUGUGUAUGCUAAUGCUGCAUAAUCUGAACUAAAAGUAAGUGCCUAGCUUGAUCUCUGUUUUUCAUGGAACACCUUGUUGAAUAGCCUGAUUGUGAAUCUGAAGAAGCAUUCUUUAUUACUGGAAAAAAGUUUGGAAGAGAGAUUCCAUUCUAGAUGUGGCAAUAUGAUUUUGUACCUCAACCUGAUGAACAUUUGCUAUAAUUCUUGAUGUUCAUUCGCUAUUGUUAAGUUGUUCAGUGAUGCCCCCACUGAUAGAGGAUAAUCAUUUCAUUUCUGUACUGUCUUUAGAAAUGUUUCGUCAUUUUAGUGGCCUUUAGAUUAUUGUGGUUCAUCCAGCCUAUAUGAUUUUCAGACCAGCUUGAACGAUAAUCCAAUUGGAAUCUGA